GAUGUUUGGUUGAUUAUUAGAACUUAAUAAAGGAAGGAAUAGAAACACAGAUUUCAUCUGAACCAAUGAAAAAAUAAAGGUCAUCCAUCCAUCCAUCCAUCCAUCCAUCCAUCCAUCCAUCCAUCCAUCCAUCCAUCCAUCCAUCCAUCCAUCCAUCCAUCCAUCCAUGUGGCAUAUGUUGUCCCAAGUUUUUCAGAUUCCUUUCUAAUUUUCAGUCUGAUCAGAAUUCCUGACCAAAUAGAUGAUAAUAAGUUAUAUAUAGAUUUUUUGCCUGUUCUUCUGUUUCCUUUGUUUUAAUCUGUAAUUUUCAGGGCUGAUUGUUAAAACUAGAACUGGUUUCUCUCCACGGGGGGCUUCCUUCAGUCCAGGAUCGGCUUGGAUCCAGUGUGCAGCCGAACAUCUUUUAUGAGCCAAACAGGAUCAGAACACAGUGAGUGUGAGCUGCUGCCCCCAUGUGGUCACAUGUGGAAACUGCAGGAGAAUAUCUGUUAUCCUGUGGAAAAUCUAAAUCAGGAGCAAAAAUUUGUGAAAAGUCUAAAUAAAAACUGUUAAUUAAAGAUAUUUCAAGAAAGUCAAGCUGCUUGGGGACAACAAACAGUUGACAGAAAUGCAAACAAAAAAAAAAUCACAGAGGUAUCAGUGACAAUGACUUUGGACUGGACCCUUUGCUAAAUAAAGGAAGAGUUAAUGUGUAAUCAGAGCUGAACUCCAGCAGGAUUUGGAUGAGUUCGUCCCUCGGAAGUCCAAGGAUGGAUCUGGUUCUGUUCGUCACCUUGUCUCUCUGCUAUUGGACAGCAGACGGCAGGUAUGUUUGGUCAGACAAACCUAAGAUCCUGGGGAGCAAUGAAAUCACCGACGGAGAAACGGUGGAAAUCAGCUGCUUUGUUCCCAUUGACUACACAGGCGGGCUCUGCCGUCUCUUCAGAGAAGACUCUAAUCAUCCCUUCAGCGUGAUUGUAGCAAUGAGUUAUGUGUGUGUUUUCAAUCUGACGUCGAAGGAGCUGCUGGGACACUACAUGGUAGGCAGCACGCUCAGACUCAGGUGUGACUACAGGCUCCAGGAGUACACCUCCAUCUCCAGCGAUGACAUGCUUGUGACUGUCUGGGGUACCAGACCCAGUCCCAGUCUGUCCAUCAGCCGUCGCUUUGUGUCACCUGAUGACAUCAUCGAGGCCACCUGUACACCUCCGGUGUUCCCCGUCUCUUACUGCAGAUUCUACACAGAGGAGUAUUGGUUGAAUGAGGCACCCUGCAGCAGUAACAUAACCUUCGGAGAGCUCACCAGGUUUCAGAAGCCCACCCUUCUGCUUCCUCUCAACCUCACCUGCACCUACUACCCCAACAAACUUCUCUCCAUCCGCUCUGAGUACAGCAACCAGCAGCUGGUGUUUGUAGUCGAUCCAAGAGAAGUGACCUCAUCAGUCAACUGUUCGGUCUCGGUGAGUGAGGAUCAGCUGGAGGCGUUUGGAGACCGGACGUGGACGGCGUUUGGUGUUAAUGGAACCACCGUCACCAUUCAGAUCACCAAGGGUGACCUGACCCUCAAAAACACCUGCAACUAGAGUCCAAACGCAACAAGACCUGAUCCACAGAGAACCGCUCGGAUAAAGAAACGAUUAUAAUGAAAUGUCAGAAAAAGAAAAAAAUCUGGAAGAUUCAAAUCCAGUGAAAAUAAUCAUCCGUCCAUUUAACCACAUGACCUAACAGCUAAGGUGGGCAUAUUUCCACUAAUGUACUAAUAACAGAGCUAAUUUUUAAUUUAGCACUUUUGAAACUUUGAAAUCGUUUAGCACGCUUACCUUUU